UAGUUUCUUCUUCUGCUUCACUAAAAAUAAAAGUUUCAGGUCAAGUGGGCUACUUUGGGUUGUUGCCAACCAUAUCAUUCUUUUCCUUUUUUAUGAUCCUCUUCAUCAUUGAAAACCCAUCAAAGAACUUGCAAGUUUUUCUGUUUUGCUCUCGAUUAAUUCUCAUGGCUACUGAAACUGUACUACCACAUGAUCAAACUUCUAUCACUGAUGAGCAAGUUGAGAAGAAACUGAGAGAAGAUGUAAAGACUGUAGACCAGGAUAUAGUUUCUUCAUCGUCCAAGGAAAGUGGAGAAGAAAAAUCCAAACUUGAGAAUCCACCAAGUGUGCCAGACACUAACGCUAAAUCUGCAGGGACAGAUGAAAAGCCGACUCAGCCUUCUGUAGUUGAAGAUGAGAAGAAGAUUUCAGAUGUUCCAUGUGUAGAAGAACAUUGUGUUUCUUCAUCCAAGGAAAGUGUAGAAGAAGAAAAAACCAAAGCCGAGGACUCACUAACCCACGCACAGCCUUCAACUGAAUCUCCGACCUCGGAUGUUCAAUCGGCAGAUAAAAUUGAGGAAAGCAAGACAACUGUUGUUCUGGAGCCAGUAACCGAGGUUAAGAAGAGCCAAGCUGGAGAUGAUGUCAAACCAAAGGAAGAACACAACGAGGUAGCGGAAAAAGGGCAAGAGGAGCUGCCAAAGGCUGUUGAUGUUCCUAAACCACUGGGCGAAGCUGUUGAGAAACCGAAGGAGAUAUCGGAGAAUCCUGUUGUCCAAGAAUCAGAAUCAGAAGUUGUGAAAGAGGUUGAAGAAUCAGAAGCAGUGCCAGCACAAGUGGAGGAACAAGAGCCUGAAGUUCCUAAAGAGGAGGAGACACCGGGAGAAUCGAUCAAAACCAGUGAAGUCAAGGAAAAAGAUUCUGAAGCUGUGCCCAAGGAAAAUGUGGAGGUUGAAACGGCGAAAAAUGAGGAGUCUCUGGUUGAUAAGGUUGAGACUUCUGUAUCAUUAAGUGAAGAAAAAACAGAAAAAGAUGAGCAACCUGUUGAAGUCAAAAGUUCCGAAGAAGUUCUGGUUGAUCAGAAACUUCAUGAUUUUGUGGAAAAGGCCGCUGCAGACGAAAAGAAGAAGGAUCUAAACGAGAGUGAUGUCGUGGAGAAGAUACCGAAGGAGGCAGGGCUUGAGAUAGGGAAGGUCGUAGAAGAGUAUGCUGAAAAGAAUGUGGAAGUUAAAGAGAACACAAAAAAUAAUGUGGUAACUGAGGAUUUAACUCCACUAGUUAAAGAGGAGACUGUCACUGUCACAGAAGAUGUUGCUAUUGGGGAAGAAAAGAAGGAUUCGAGUGAGGCUGAUGCUGUAGAAAAGAUACAGAAAGAGGCAGAGCCCGUGAUAGAGGACGGCAAGGAAUAUACUGAAAAGAAUGUGGAAACUGAAGAGGCAAAAGUGGAAAAGGUGACUGAGGAUUCAGCCGAAGUAGCUAAAGUGGAGGGUGUCAACACAUUGACUUCUACAGAUGAAGUCAUUGAUAAACCAUCUCAGGUAGCUGAAAGAGACAUCGUGCUUGCGAAUGAAAACAAAACUCAAGAGCAAGUAAAAGACGAGACACUAGCAUCAGUCGAAACCCACAAAGAGGAGCAUGUGGAAGGAGAGCGGGAUCAAGUGACUACUGCUGUCAAUGAAUCACUUGAAGAAUCCAAGCUAGCAGAAUCUGAAGUGAAAGAAAAGGAAACCGAGGCAGAUAAGUCUCGGGAAGAAAUAGUUCCUGCUGUUAUUGAGCCAGUAGAGGAAGCCAAUCAGCUUGAAUCUGAAGUUAAAGAAAAGGAAACCGAGAAAACCGAUGCAGAUAAGUCCAAAGAUGAAGUAGUUCCUGCUGUUUAUGAACCAGUUGAAGAAUCCAAGCAACCAGAGGCUGAAAUUAAGGCAAAGGAAACGGAAACAACAGAAGCAAGUAAGUCAUACGAUAAACUGGUUACUGCCUUUAAUGAACCAAUUGAAGAAUCGAAGAAACCUAAGACUGAAGUUAAAGAAAAGGAAACUGAAAAAACUGAUGCAAGUAAGUCUGACGAUGUAGUAGUUAUUGCUGUUCAUGAAACAAUUGAAGAGUCCAAGCAACCCGAGCCUGAAGUUAAAGAAAAGGAAACUGAAAACACCGACACAAACAAGUCCCAGGAUAAGGUAGUUUCUUCUGUGGAUGAAGCACUUGAAGAAUCCCAGAAAGCUGAGCCUCAAGUUAAGGAAACUGAACAAACUGAUCCACUUAAGUUGGGGAAAGAAGAAGUUGCAGAGCCUAAAUCCAAGGAAGGAGAAACUACUACUGUUCAUGAACAAGUUGAAGAGUUCAAACUACUUGAGACUGAAGUUAAAGAGAAGGAGACUGAAAAAGCCGAGGAGGAAGUAACUACAGCUGCUCGCGAAGUAGCGGUUGAAGAAUCACAGAAGAAAACGGAGUCCGAAGUUAAAGAACAUGCAAAGGAAGAAACAGAAACAAAUGAAUUGGAGAAAGAAAAAGUUGAAGACAUUGAGAAAUCUGAUAAGAAACUAGAGACCCUCUUAAAAGAUGGUGACGAAACAAAACCGUCCAAAGACUUGCCAAAAGAAGUUCAGACCAAGCCUGCUCAGAAGCAGUCAAACAACAUCAUAUCAAAGGUGAAGAAUUCUCUCGUCAAAGCAAAGAAAGCCAUCAUUGGGAAAUCCCCAAGCAAAACGCCUGCAUCUGAAGCCAAGGAUGAUAUCAAAGUCAAAUAAUUGGUAAAAAAAAAAAAA